AUGACGCACGGAAAGCAGAAGCCGCUUGUUCCGAUAACUCGUGAAUUCUUAAGACAGUUUUAUCAGAAAUACCCACUCACACCAGUGCCAUUUGAGGCAAGGGUGGCUCAUGCGAAACGCAUUGAAGAGCUUGCUGAAGCCGUGACCAAGCCGGGUAGCAAGGUGCCAGAGCAGGUUGGGAUGCCUUCUCCGACGCGUAUUGACGAUUGCUUUUGGAGAAACCGGAUGAUUUGCGAGGAGGUUGCACUGUCAAUUUCAAAGCUACGCGAUGCCGUCGCUGGUCAGGCGAAGCUGUCUGCGGCCUGCGAGCGAUGCUGUAGCCUCUUGGUCAGCGCUGAGCGGGCCAUCUUCGCAGUGCAGGAGCAUAACACGGCCAGCGUCAAGGCACAGCUUCAGCAAUUCAUUCCCCAGGACUUCCGGGGCGCAUUGCUUGAGCGGCAGCGGGUGAGUACGGAAGCCCGCUACAAGAAACAAGUUGAGGACCUGGUAAAGCGCGGCGGCACUAUCCGACAAAAGUACGACCUGUACCUGCAGCAGCAAUGGGAGCGACGGCGGGCGCUAGUGCAGCUGGGGGAGUGCUCGGGGAUGUACAAAAUGGUCAUCAAAUGGGUGGCGGGUAUCCCCCAAGUUCUUCUGGACUUCGCCAAAGAGAUCAAUGCCAAGCUAGGCCCGAUGGAAGAGCAGCGCAUCAAGUACGGCCCGGAUUUGUACGACAUUACGGAGCUGGGUCUGCAGCUGAACGUCGCCUUGGCGGCUUGGGUGGAGGCCGCCGCCGCCGCCGUACCGGGGGCUCGCGCCGCUGAGCCGCUGUUGCUCGACGUCGUGGAGCCCGCUGUGGAGUUUUACUGUGAGGAGAUGCUCCGGGUUGUACGGCACAUUGGUGAUGUGUUUCAGCAUUCUCCGUUUUUCGUGAAUAAGGACGGCCUACCACCGGACCAGCAGCAGCAGCAGCAGCCGUCGCUAGCGGAUCCUAGGGGGGUUGAGGAUGCGGAGGGAGCGCCGCCAGACAAACCGCAACACCAGGACGCCUCUUCCUCCACGUCUGCGGUAAUUGGGGACGAUGGCGGCACUGCCGCCGCCGCCGCUGCGGCGGCAGUAGCGGCGCUGCCGUCAUUAUCCCUGGCGCCGUCUGUGGCGGCGCCGCCGACGCCAGGGCUGAUACCGGAAGCAAGUUUGCUCUUUGGUCGGUCAGGUGAUUGCCUCCCAGUUGAUUCCGCUUCGCCGGAAGCACGGGUUGCGCCGUUCCGCGGGGAGGGACCUGCGGGGCCCGCAUCGCAGUUGGAGAGUGAGGGGGCCAGCUGGCGGGUAGUGGGGGAGUUUCAGGGGCAGCCAACACGGGGAGCUUCCGCCGCCGCCGGCACAGCAUCCGCAUCGCUCGAGGGCAGGUCGACGUCACCAUCUGUUGUACAGAUGGCGACGGCGACGGCGGCGACAGCUGCGUCGGCCCCCGGUGUCCCGCACUCCUUGCCACAUCACUCCUUUCCGCCUGGGCAGCAGCUGCAGCAGCAGUCGGUGUCGAGUUGGCCAACGGUAGGCGCGGGGAGUCGGGGGCCGUACGUGUGUAGCGGCAAUGGCAAUGGCGGCGGCGGCGGCGGCUCACUAUCCCCUGCUGGCGCCUCCCACCUGAGCCUGUCCGGUGACUCACACGCGAGCUUCCUGUCGGCUCUGGAGCGCCAGUCCUGGUUCACCACCACCACCAACAACAACCAGUUGGAGUGUGCGGGCGAGCUGCAGAUGACCCUCUUGUCACAUCAUCACGGCUGCCACCACCACCACCACCAACAACAACAACAACAACACGAGCAGCAGCUGCAACAGCAGCUGCAACGACACCAUGAAGAACAGCAGCAACAGCAACACAAAACGGAGCAGCAGCAGCAGCAGCAGUACCGUUUGGCGGAGGAUAGGGCGGCGGAGAAGCAGCCGCACUCGGGAGCAGCGGCGGCGACCCCGACAACAUCACCGCACCCGUACCCGUACCCGCACCCGAAGGCGAAUACGGAAACAAAAGCCCGAACAACUCAUGGCUGCUUCACGUGUUGCUUUGUGAGGCGACGGACACCCGCCAACAUGUACGGCAGUAUUGGCGGCGGCGGCGGCAGUGUACCGCAAGAGCAACAACCUAACCAGCUAGCUCAGGAGGUGCCUGGAGGUUACCACCAGCCGGGCUCUUCCAAACGACAGCACCCGCAGCUGCUCCGUGCUUGUGACGAUACAGAUGUAGCGUGUAGCGGCGGCGGCGGCGGCGGUGGAUUUGGUGUUGAUGUCUCCGCCCGUGCGGGAUUGGCCGUGGUCCAGCCCGGCUUGGUGGCAGUGGAGGUGGCGGAAGGCGGCGCCGCUCCGGGGAGAUCCGGUUGA